AACCUAUACAGAGCAUAAGCCAAAAUGGAAGAUGGACCUGUUUUCUAUGGCUUUAAAAACAUUUUUAUUACAAUGUUUGCUACCUUUUUUUUCUUCAAACUUUUAAUUAAAGUUUUUUUGGCUCUCCUAACCCAUUUCUAUAUCGUCAAAGGAAAUAGAAAAGAAGCGGCUAGGAUAGCAGAAGAGAUCUAUGGUGGAAUUUCAGAUUGCUGGGCUGAUCGAUCCCCACUUCAUGAAGCUGCAGCUCAGGGGCGCUUACUGGCCCUUAAAACGUUAAUUGCACAAGGUGUCAAUGUGAACCUUGUGACAAUUAAUCGGGUCUCUUCUCUCCAUGAGGCAUGCCUUGGAGGACAUGUGGCUUGUGCUAAAGCCUUAUUGGAAAAUGGUGCACAUGUCAAUGGAGUGACAGUUCAUGGAGCCACGCCCCUCUUCAAUGCGUGCUGCAGUGGCAGUGCUGCGUGUGUCAAUGUGCUGUUGGAGUUCGGAGCCAAGGCCCAGCCUGAGAUGCACCUGGCUUCACCUAUCCAUGAGGCAGUGAAGAGAGGUCACAGGGAGUGCAUGGAGAUUCUGCUGGCAAAUAAUGUUAACAUUGACCAAGAGGUGCCUCAGCUUGGAACUCCCCUGUAUGUAGCCUGCACCUACCAGAGGGUAGACUGUGUGAAGAAGCUUCUAGAAUUAGGAGCCAGUGUUGACCAUGGCCAAUGGCUGGACACCCCUCUCCAUGCUGCAGCAAGGCAGUCCAGCGUAGAGAUCAUCCACCUGCUGACCGACUAUGGGGCUAAUCUGAAGCUCAGAAAUGCACAGGGAAAAAGUGCUCUUGAUCUGGCAAUUCCCAAAAGUAGUGUAGAGCAGGCACUCCUACUCCGAGAAGGCCCACCUACUCUUUCCCAGCUCUGCCGCCUGUGUGUCCGGAAAUGCUUGGGUCGAGCAUGUCAUCAAGCCAUCCACAAGCUACAUCUGCCGGAGCCACUGGAAAGAUUCCUCCUGUACCAGUAGCCCCAAUUGUCCAUGGGAAGAUACUUGGAAAUAAGUAGGUUGUUGUCUGCUGUACCCAGGGUACUUAUUAUAGACGCCCAACAGCUAGGUCAUUAGUAUCUUCCAAUGAGCUCAGCCAAUUAGAGGAAAUCCUUUAUAAACAGGAACCUUAAAGAUUUUAGCUCUUGCUGUUAAUAAACUUAAAACUGUGAAGUAGAAUGAAAAUAAUAGAGUAUUUUCUGAUAAUACAGGAUUUCCCAGUGCAAAUGGGUCAACAUUUUGAAUAUGGUACAGACCCACAUAAAUCCAGGUGAAUAGGAUUAUAAUGAAUGUUAAAAAUUCCAGAAUGUGCUCUUGAUUUAAUUCCUCUCUCCUACCCCUUUCUUCCCUCCAUCCCCCGCUUUUUUUCUUUACCCCUUCUUUCUUCUCUUUUCCUUGAAUAAAUCAAUGCUGUAAGUUUAGUUUCUCUGCCUUUUUAAAAGACACAUAAAAAAAUGAAAUAAUUUGAAAACAUCACAGUUACUUGGGACUUCCAAUUCUUGAGGUCCUGGUUGAUAAGAGAGAUUUUGGAAGAGAUUAGCUCAUAUAGAGUUUAGGCUCCUUUGCUCAUUAUUUUUGAUGUUAAAUGCUCUUUUUUGAAGGAAUCUUAAGACAAUUCUAGGAUUGCACAGCAAUAGUUGCCCCCCAACAACCUGAACCCAUAAGCACUUUGUGAUGCAUUUAGGUACCCCAACAUUGGCUUAUUUUCAAACUCAAGAUUCUCAGUUUUUUUUGAAAUGCCUACAUGUUGAUUCCAGCCACCAAGUUAGGCUGUGGAUAGGAGCCCAAAGUAAGCAUAAAGAUAAAAGCUGUCUCCUCCUUCUUUUCUCUCUUCUUUUUCUUCCCAUCUCCCUCCUUUUCUGCUCCUCCUCCUCCUAUCAGUUCCUCAUUUCCCUUUUUGUGAAUUUAGAACAUGGGAACUCAAUAGAUUUUCCAUUAUUAUAAAUUAUUGUCAUGGUUCAGUGACUAUAGUAAUAUUAGCUUCUAAAUGAAAAUUCUCUCUCAGAUCAUCCUAAGAUUCAUUUUCAACAUUUUUGCCCCCUAGUUUUUCUAGUCCUUUUGUUUUCAACAAGGAACAGUUUUGUCCCUCACCCAGGGACAUCUGUGGCAAUGUUGGAGACCUUUUCAUUUGCAACAACUGAGGGGAUGAGCUACUCAUCUCUAUUGGGUAGAGGUCAGGGAUGCAGCUAGAAACCCUACGAUGUACAGGACAGUCCACAAAAAAGAAUUAUUAGGUUCAAAAUAUCAACAGUGCUGAGGAUGAGAAAUUGCUGAAGACCUAUGCUAUUUGGUUCAGUAGCUAUCCACCACCUAUGGCUGUUGGAAUUGUGACUAGGUGAACUAAGAUUUGUUGUACAUAUGAAAUACAUAUCACGUUUUGAAGAUUCAGUACAAAAAAAGAACAUGAAAUAUCUUAUAAAUAAUUUUUGAUGAUGGUCACAUAUAUUUUUGGUUUUUGUUUUGGUUCA